AGUCAAAAGUGAUGAUCCAAGCAAGCUUGUCAAAGCCUUCCUGAUGGCUACUAAAGACGCGAUCACAAAAUCCUCAAACUUCACGGCUUCGACCGAAGGAGGCAUGGGGACUAACAUGAACGCGACGAGCAAAGCGGUUCUUGAUUACUGCAAGAAAGUAUUGACUUACGCUCUUGAGGAUCUUGAGACCAUAGUUGAAGAAAUGGGUGAAGAUCUUCAGCAGAGUGGAACUAAGCUUGACCAGCUUAAACAGUGGUUAACCGGAGUUUUCAACUACCAAACCGAUUGUCUUGAUGAUAUCGAGGAAGUUGAGCUAAAGAAGAUCAUGGGUGAAGGAAUCUCUAACUCCAAGGUUUUGACCAGUAACGCUAUCGAUAUCUUCCAUUCCGUUGUUACCGCGAUGGCCCAAAUGGGUGUCAAAGUCGACGAUAUGAAGAACAUAAGCAUCGGAGCCGGAGCCGGCGGAGCCCCUGCACGUCGCCUUCUUGAAGACACCGACGCUAAGGGACUCCCCAAAUGGUUUUCUGGUAAAGACAGGAAGCUUAUGGCUAAGGCCGGACGUGGGGCUCCAGCUGGCGGUGCAGGUGGUGAUGAUGGUAUCGGUGAAGGCGGUGGUGGUGGCGGUAAGAUCAAGGCUACUCAUGUAGUGGCUAAGGAUGGAAGUGGACAGUUUAAGACCAUCUCUCAGGCGGUUAUGGCUUGCCCGGAUAAAAACCCUGGAAGGUGCAUUAUCCAUAUCAAGGCUGGUAUCUACAAUGAACAAGUCACUAUCCCUAAGAAGAAGAACAACAUUUUCAUGUUCGGUGAUGGUGCUACACAAACCAUCAUUACCUUUAACAGAAGUGUUAAACUUAGCCCAGGAACCACUACUUCACUCAGUGGCACCGUUCAGGUUGAAUCUGAGGGAUUCAUGGCGAAAUGGAUCGGGUUUAAGAACACAGCCGGUCCAUUGGGACACCAAGCGGUCGCACUCCGUGUGAACGGAGACCGUGCGGUCAUAUUCAACUGUAGAUUCGACGGUUACCAAGACACUCUCUACGUCAACAACGGACGUCAGUUCUACAGGAACAUUGUUGUAUCCGGUACAGUGGAUUUCAUCUUUGGAAAAUCCGCGACUGUGAUCCAAAACUCUCUAAUCCUCGUCCGAAAGGGAAGCCCCGGACAAUCCAACUACGUUACAGCUGACGGUAAUGAAAAGGGUGCAGCUAUGAAGAUCGGUAUCGUUCUCCAUAACUGCCGUAUCAUACCAGACAAGGAGCUCGAAGCUGACAAGCUAACCAUUAAAUCGUUCCUAGGAAGGCCGUGGAAGAAAUUUGCCACGACUGUGAUUAUUGGAACUGAGAUUGGUGAUUUGAUUAAACCAGAAGGAUGGACCGAAUGGCAAGGAGAACAAAACCACAAGACUGCUAAAUACAUUGAGUUCAAUAACCGUGGACCGGGAGCUGCCACUACUCAGAGGCCUCCUUGGGUUAAGGUGGCUAAGUCUGCGGCUGAGGUUGAAGCUUACACCGUGGCUAACUGGGUUGGUCCAGCUAAUUGGAUCCAAGAAGCCAACGUGCCCGUCCAGCUAGGAUUAGUAAACCGAGUUCUUAUUCAACCAUGUGAACCGACCCCAUCUGUAGUGUUGGAUCUGUCCUCAAUCGAUAAUAUUCCUGUCCUACGAUGUUUCGCUAGAACUAUACAUGUGUUUACACAUGGACCUGAUGCAGCUAGAGUCAUACGAGAGGCAUUGGCUAAAGCACUUGUCUCUUACUAUCCCUUGUCCGGUAGAUUGAAAGAGUUAAACCAAGGUAAAAUUCAGAUCGAUUGUACCGGGGAAACCGGAAUUUUGUUCGUUGAUGCGAUAACCGAUGUUACACUAGAGAGCGUUGGUUAUUUCGACAAUCUUAUGGAAAUACCUUACGAUGAUCUCCUUCCUGAUCAAAUACCUAGAGAUGAUGAUGCAGAACCGCUUGUCCAAAUGCAGGUGACCCAAUUCUCAUGCGGCGGUUUCGUAAUGGGCCUUAGAUUUUGCCACGCCAUUUGCGACGGCCUUGGAGCGGCCCAAUUCCUCACCGCCGUCGGGGAAAUAGCCUGCGGCCAGACGAAUCUCGGUGUCUCUCCCGUCUGGCAUAGAGAUUUCAUUCCACAGCACCACCGUUCGAAUGAUGUCAUAUCCCCGGCAAUUCCUCCGCCUUUUCCACCGGCGUUUCCGGGAUACAAGCUCGAGCACUUAAGCUUUGAUAUCCCUUCAAAUCUGAUCGAACAAUUCAAACGUGAGUUUCGCGCGUCGACCGGAGAGAUUUGUUCAGCCUUCGAGGUAAUCGCCGCCAGUUUUUGGAAACUUCGAACGGAAGCGAUAGAUCUGAGAGAGAAUACAGAAGUGAAGCUCGUCUUCUUCGCUAACUGUCGUCAUCUGGUUAAUCCGCCGCUUCCGAUUGGUUUCUACGGCAACUGCUUUUUUCCGGUGAAAAUCUCCGCCGGUAGCCACGAAAUCGCGAAGGAGAAAUCGGUGUUCGAUGUUGUGAAAAUGAUCAAGCGAGCCAAAGCGAAGCUACCGGAGGAAUUUGAAAAGUUCGUUAACGGCGACGGAGAUGAUCCGUUUGCGCCGGAGGUGGGAUAUAAUACGCUGUUCUUAUCGGAGUGGGGAAAAUUAGGAUUUAAUCAGGUGGAUUAUGGAUGGGGUCCACCAUUACACGUGGCACCAAUCCAAGGGCUGAGUAUUGUCCCUGCUGGCAUCGUAGGAUCUAUGCCUUUGCCGAAGAAAGGUGUACGUUUGAUGACGUGGUACAUGCUUCUCUGUUUUCUGUUGUUGUGUCAAGUUCUUGGACUGGUUUCUGGGGUUUGUCCAAUGGAUCAAGCGACAAUGGAUAGUGUAAUGGAAUCAGACGAGGGGUUGAAGGUGGAUUCACCAAACAGAGCAAACGUAGAGACUUCAAACUCUAAAAUUCAUGAAGAAGAAGAAAAAGAACUUAAGACCGAAUCUGUUAAGAAGAAAACAGAGAAGAACAAAAAAGUAGAAGAAGAUGAGAAGACCAAAACUGUACCGUUUCACAAGCUGUUUGCCUUUGCAGAUUCAUUUGACAUCCUUUUGAUGAUCCUCGGAACAAUAGGCGCGGUGGGUAACGGUCUUGGCUUCCCUAUCAUGACGAUCCUCUUCGGGGAUGUCAUAGAUGUGUUUGGACAAAACCAAAACAGUUCAGAUGUUUCUGAUAAGAUAGCUAAGGUGGCUCUGAAAUUUGUAUAUCUUGGGCUUGGAACUCUAGUGGCAGCUCUUCUCCAGGUUUCUGGUUGGAUGAUCUCCGGAGAGAGACAAGCUGGAAGAAUAAGGAGUUUGUAUCUGCAAACUAUAUUGAGACAAGACAUUGCCUUCUUCGAUGUCGAAACCAACACAGGAGAAGUUGUUGGAAGAAUGUCAGGUGACACUGUGCUUAUACAAGACGCCAUGGGAGAAAAGGUUGGGAAGGCUAUACAAUUGGUAUCAACGUUUGUUGGUGGAUUUGUGAUAGCUUUCACUGAAGGAUGGCUUCUUACAUUAGUCAUGGUAUCUUCAAUUCCGCUUCUAGUAAUGUCUGGUGCAGCUCUAGCAAUCGUCAUUUCGAAAAUGGCUUCUCGUGGACAAACUUCUUAUGCAAAAGCUGCGGUUGUAGUUGAGCAAACAGUCGGGUCGAUUAGAACGGUUGCAUCGUUUACCGGAGAGAAGCAAGCGAUAAGCAAUUACAAUAAGCAUCUUGUGUCUGCAUAUAGAGCAGGGGUGUUUGAAGGAGCUUCCACAGGGCUUGGACUUGGUACACUCAACAUAGUCAUCUUUUGCACUUAUGCUUUAGCGGUUUGGUAUGGUGGGAAGAUGAUAUUGGAGAAAGGAUACACAGGAGGACAAGUUCUCAUCAUCAUCUUCGCGGUUUUAACCGGUUCCAUGUCGUUAGGACAAGCAUCUCCAUGUUUAAGCGCGUUUGCAGCUGGUCAAGCCGCGGCAUACAAAAUGUUUGAAACAAUCAAAAGAAAGCCGGAGAUUGAUGCUUCUGAUACAACUGGAAAAGUUCUUGAUGAUAUUAGAGGAGACAUUGAGCUUAAAGAUGUCAACUUUAGUUACCCGGCAAGACCAGAAGAGCAGAUCUUUCGCGGGUUUUCACUCUCUAUCUCGAGUGGUUCAACCGUGGCUCUAGUUGGGCAGAGCGGAAGUGGAAAGUCUACUGUUGUGAGUCUAAUAGAGAGGUUUUAUGAUCCACAAAGCGGUGAAGUCCGAAUAGAUGGGAUUAACCUCAAAGAGUUUCAGCUAAAGUGGAUCAGAAGCAAGAUAGGACUUGUGAGUCAAGAACCGGUUUUGUUCACUUCAAGCAUAAAGGAAAACAUCGCAUACGGGAAAGAAAAUGCAACAAUCGAAGAGAUUCGUAAGGCUACAGAGCUCGCAAAUGCGUCUAAAUUCAUUGACAAGCUUCCUCAGGGUUUAGACACGAUGGUUGGAGAACACGGAACUCAGCUUUCGGGUGGGCAAAAACAGAGGAUUGCGGUGGCUAGAGCGAUUCUGAAAGAUCCAAGAAUCUUGCUUUUAGAUGAAGCAACAAGCGCACUUGAUGCAGAGUCUGAGAGGAUUGUUCAAGAAGCUCUUGACAGGAUCAUGGUCAACCGAACAACUGUCGUUGUCGCUCACAGAUUGAGCACAGUGAGAAAUGCAGACAUGAUUGCUGUGAUUCAUCAAGGCAAGAUCGUAGAGAAAGGUUCUCACUCUGAGCUCCUAAGAGAUCCGGAAGGAGCGUAUUCUCAGCUCAUACGUCUACAAGAAGAUACUAAACAGACAGAAGAUUCAACGGAUGAGCAGAAACUAUCAAUGGAGUCCAUGAAACGGUCUAGUUUGAGGAAGUCGUCGCUAAGCCGGUCUUUAAGCAAAAGAUCUUCUUCUUUCUCUAUGUUUGGUUUUCCAGCAGGAAUAGAUACAAACAAGGAAGCCAUACCAGAGCAAGACAUCAAGGCUUCCACUCCGACCAAGGACAAGAAAGUCUCAUUCUUUAGAGUCGCUGCUCUAAACAAACCAGAGAUUCCUAUGCUUAUACUUGGAUCUAUAGCCGCGGUCUUAAACGGAGUUAUACUUCCGAUAUUCGGGAUUCUAAUCUCAAGCGUGAUCAAAGCAUUUUUCAAACCACCUGAGCAGUUAAAAUCCGAUACAAGGUUUUGGGCAAUCAUCUUCAUGCUUCUUGGUGUAGCUUCAAUGGUGGUCUUCCCGGCACAAACGAUUUUUUUCUCCAUAGCCGGAUGUAAACUGGUGCAGCGGAUAAGAUCAAUGUGUUUUGAGAAAGUGGUUCGUAUGGAAGUUGGAUGGUUCGAUGAGACUGAGAAUUCAAGUGGUGCUAUUGGAGCUAGGCUCUCUGCUGAUGCAGCUACGGUUCGUGGUCUAGUUGGAGACGCAUUGGCUCAAACGGUUCAGAAUCUUGCCUCUGUAACGGCCGGUGUGGUCAUCGCUUUUGUGGCGAGCUGGCAGUUAGCUUUCAUUGUUCUCGCGAUGCUUCCGCUAAUCGGGCUUAACGGUUAUAUAUACAUGAAGUUCAUGGUUGGAUUCAGUGCAGACGCAAAGAGAAUGUACGAGGAAGCGAGCCAAGUAGCGAAUGAUGCAGUCGGGAGCAUAAGAACGGUUGCUUCAUUCUGUGCAGAGGAGAAAGUGAUGAAAAUGUAUAAGAAGAAAUGUGAAGGUCCUAUGAGAACAGGAAUACGUCAAGGCAUAGUUAGUGGUAUCGGUUUCGGAGUUUCUUUCUUUGUCCUCUUCUCUUCUUACGCCGCCAGUUUCUACGCCGGUGCAAGGCUUGUCGAUGACGGGAAAACAACCUUCGAUUCUGUUUUCAGGGUUUUCUUUGCUUUGACAAUGGCGGCCGUAGCUAUCUCUCAGUCAAGUUCACUGUCUCCUGAUUCCAGCAAAGCUAGCAAUGCGGCUGCAUCGAUAUUUGCGGUUAUAGAUAGGGAAUCGAAGAUUGAUCCGAGUGAUGAGUCUGGGAGAGUUCUUGACAAUGUCAAAGGAGAUAUCGAACUUCGUCAUAUCAGUUUCAAAUAUCCUUCAAGACCAGACGUUCAGAUCUUCCAAGAUCUCUGUCUGUCUAUUCGCGCUGGAAAGACAAUAGCUUUGGUUGGAGAGAGUGGAAGCGGGAAAUCGACAGUGAUUGCGUUGCUACAGAGGUUUUACGACCCUGAUUCUGGUCAGAUCACUCUUGAUGGAGUUGAGAUCAAGACUUUGCAGCUGAAAUGGUUAAGGCAGCAAACCGGGCUAGUGAGCCAAGAACCGGUUUUGUUCAAUGAAACGAUUAGGGCUAACAUUGCUUAUGGUAAAGGAGGCGAUGCUACUGAAACCGAAAUAGUAUCCGCAGCUGAGCUAUCUAACGCUCAUGUCUUCAUCAGUGGGCUACAACAGGGCUAUGAUACAAUGGUAGGUGAAAGAGGAGUUCAAUUAUCAGGUGGGCAAAAGCAAAGAGUAGCCAUAGCCAGAGCAAUCGUUAAAGACCCUAAGGUGUUACUACUUGAUGAAGCCACGAGUGCUCUAGACGCUGAGUCAGAGCGUGUGGUUCAGGAUGCAUUGGACCGGGUUAUGGUUAACCGAACCACCGUGGUGGUGGCACACCGGUUAUCGACAAUCAAGAAUGCUGAUGUAAUUGCAGUGGUUAAGAAUGGAGUCAUCGUGGAGAAGGGAAAGCAUGAGUCUUUGAUUAAUAUCAAAGAUGGUGUUUAUGCUUCUUUAGUACAACUUCAUCUGAGUGCUUCUACAUAAAAUUCCCUUUCUAGUGAUUUUAGCAUUUCUGAGUUAAUAUACAAUGGAACUGAAA